GUUUGUUGAGCGUUACUUGUGUUCUGCAUAAAACUUUCUGCGAGUUCUUACAAGUUGUAAUAAAAGUACACGUCUGUUGACGUACGUGUGUAAGCAAAAAUAUAUUUAAGAGUGCACAUUUAAGAUAGAUUCAUGACACAAGCAGUACAAAGGUUAGAGGCAAAGUUUUUAUUAAGCGGAGACAAAAGACCGAGAGUAAUGCAAACUAUUAAAGGUUAUGUUGGAAUCCGAUCAUUUGGACUAAAUAUUAAAAAACUAUCUACUACCAAACAAAGGGAAGAAAGGAUCUUCAUGGAAAUUUGUUUAAAAUUAUUGACAUAAUUGAACCGCUCGAUGCACAAGCUUAUGUCUCCCAGAUUUGAAAUUGCCCUUUUGAACAUCUUAUUCACAAUGCCGCAGCCUUCCUUUGAAGAUUGGAGAUGUUUAGGUAAACACAUAAUUAUAUAUACAUACCAUAUAUAUAUAUGUAUGUAUCUACGCAUAAUAUAACCGCACUCUGACUUUAACUAAGUGAUGCAUGACCUAUGAACAAUAUUGAGAGAACCAAAACCAUAUUUGGAAAGGAGAAACAACUUUAGUAAAUGUGGCGAAAAAAUACAAAUAUGUAUACACAUGUACUUCGAUACGUGCGUAUGCUUGUCUUCUAAAUUAUGGUUUGUUGGGUGGAUAUACUUGUAUGUAUGUAGGUACACGUAUUUAAUUUUAUUUCGGGUCUUGAAAUGAUUGUGCUUACGAAUCGAAUUAUUUGUGUAUUUAUAUUUACAUUAUUACAUAGUAUUACUUAGUUUUUACUAUAAUAAAAUAAUAAAGGUAACGCAAGUGAUCUAUUCAUUCGCACUCCAAACUUUAAACUUAAACGUGUAAUUAAUAAGCAAAAUACUUAAUUGAAGUUCAUUCUAUUAAAGACGACUGUUUAGUUGAUAAUUUUUGAAUUAUGUCGUUUAUUGGAGCAAACACUUCAGACGCUGAAUGUGAAAGAGCGGAUCAACCAAAAACCCGUCAUUCGGAAUUUAUUUCAAAGUUAGCUGCAAACAAGUUAUCCUUGGAACCUAAAUGGACAAAUAAAAAGGAUGAUGAAUCUGGAUCAGAAUUGUCCUACUCAGAAAACUUUUUGACGAGAGGUGCAUUUUUGCUGACACCUCUACAUGAAUUAUCAAUGGAACGAGCUGCAGUUAUAUGCGAGAAAAUGAAUUUCAAGGGAUGUUUUAGUCUAACGAAAACUGCUACGGGAAUUCUUUUCAAGUUUUCACACCCAGACGAUUAUCAAGCCGUUUAUAAAAAGGGAUUCCACAAAAUAACGGGAGCGAGAUUUUAUCGAAAGAUAGCGAUUCCCUGUCGACCGAAAAAAACAUUCACUCUCUUUGUUAUGGAUGUGCCUGAAGAUUUACCCGUCGAAGACAUUAGGCAUGCAUUAUAUAAGUUCGAUUCUGUAGUUGAAGUAGUUCGCCUUCAUUACCAAACUCAACAAUUAAUAUCAAACGAAAAGAUUCAAGAAGGAACCCUUAUAACUAGAAAUGAAAUUUCUGAGAAAACAGACCGCCGAGAAUCAACUACGUCGGUAAUUCGAAUAACAUUGGCAUCAAUGGAUGAAUAUAAUAUAUUACUGCAAAAUGGACUAAACUUUUACGAUGCGACCUUUUUCCCAACAGAAGCAAAUCUUCAAAUGAAGGAUGCAAAAAUUGACUAUAAAAGACGAAUUUUCGAUGGAAAUAAGAGUAGCCGAGUUCGUGAAUUGCUUCCUGUUUUCGAUGCCACCGGAUUUUGUAAAUUGCCACCACCAUCAAGUAAACUUAUUAAGCCAACAAGAAUCAUCAAAUAAUGUCUUCCAAUAAAAAUACUGCACUACUAAAUGAUUUACGAAACGCAUUUAACACAUGAUAUUAAUUCCUAAAAACCUUUUUAAUUCUUUCUUCUUUUCUAAUCAAAGAAUAAAUUUUGAAAUAUAUAUGCAAUA